UUCGGCGUGAGUAAAGCUAGUACUGCACAAGGACUCAAGCUCUCCUCAAUGAAAACCUUCUGUAAUAAUCCAUCCACUUGCCGUUCCAGCUUGGCAUGCUCAGUAGGGCUAAGUCUGUAAGCGGGAAGGUUGGGUAAAAUCGAACCUGGUACCAAAUCAAUAGCAUGCUGUAUGUCUCGCAUGGGAGGUAACUCAUCUGGGAGAUCAUCAGGGACUAAGUCAGAAAAAUCAGAUAGGAGCUCUCUGAUAGGUGCACUAUGCGUUACCUCAGGCUGGGGAGUGACUUCCCGAGUAACCAGAGCCAUAACCAUUCCAGUCUCAUGACUUGUACGUAAGAUCUGCUUGCGGGUAAUAGCUAGCCAACUCCUUUGUGGGCAUAGCUACUACCUUCUUCUCUAUGUCAAUUUCCUUAUGAUUUGACCUUAGGGAUCUCUUGUGUCGUAUUUUAGCCGACAGAUUUACCGGAUAGAAAGUUGUAGGAACACCCUUCCAUAUGAAAGUACACAAAUUUUUCUUCCCUCCAACCAUGGCAUCAUUGUCAUACAUCCAGGGACGACCAAGCAAUACAUCUGUGAGUAUCAUUGGGAUCACAUCACAUCAAACUUUCUCUUCAUACCGGUAAAGUUUUAGAGGAAUUGAGCACCUCUUGUUCACCUCCAAGGUAUUACCAUUCAGUAAGGAUACCUUGUAAGGCUGAGGAUGUGGGUCAGAUUUCGAGGUUGCUUUCUUCACAAAGGCUUCGGAAACAACAUUGACACAACUGCCACUAUCAAUGAUAAUCUGACAAGUAUGCUCACCUUACUUCAUAUGAUUGUAGAAUAUGCAGUUACGUCGGCAAUCCUCUCCUUUGGUUUCAGCCACCAAGAUGCAAGUAACAAUAUUUAUUCCAUGAGUGCCAUCCUCAUUAGUGUCUUCCAUAUCAUAGUCAUAUCUACCAUCAUUAUCAUCAUCAUCAUCCAAAGGAUAAGGGUAAAGAGCUGACUCAUCUUCCUCAUUGGAGUCUUCAACCUCAGCUACUGCAUUAACCCUCUGCUUAUGUAAUCAAGACUUAGCAAAAUGUCCUACCUCUUGGCAAUGGAAACAUUGUGCCUUAUUACUACCUGUUAUGGGUGCCUUUCCUUUGUGAUCAGCCCGUGGAGGAAAAGUGGACUUUGGAGGUGCUGUGCUACUAGGUUUAGUGGCUGAAAAAUUCUUCUUUACCUCCCCAGCUUGAAAACCAAACCUUCUAACUGGCUGUGCUAUAAGCUCCUCUGCUUGUAGGGCCUUGUCAAAACAAUCCCUCAUUGAGUAUACAUCAACAACUCCGAUACCCCUGUUAGUUUCAGCUCGCAAUCCCAGUCGAAAUCGAGAAAAUAGUUGUCUCUCAUUCUUCCUGAUGCCUGUACAAGAGUAAAAUGUAUCAAACCUGUUCAUUUACUCUGCAACAGACAUAGUCCCUUGACGAAGAGAAUUCAGCUGGUCUUGUAUGCGAGCUCUGAAGUUGCAUGGCAAGUAUUUGUCGGAUAGCUCAAGCUUUAUCUCCUCUCAACUAGUAGGUUCUCUACCACGAUCUUCCAGUUCAUGCUCAUAGGUCCUCCACCAAUCAAGAGUAGCCUUAACAGCUUAGCACGAGCUAGUUUCAUCUUCCGUUCCUCAGGUAAAUCAUAAUAAUCAAAAUAGUCAUCUGAUAUGUUGGGGGUCAUGUCUUCCAUCAAACUCCUUCAGAUCGAGCAUGACAUUCUGUGAGUCUCCAGAGUGCCUCUGAUAUGUGGGACGUUCACUCUCGAAGUAACCCUUUAUAUGUUCUUCAAAAGUAGGUUGUACUACAGGAACCCUCUGGGGUGCUCUCAGAUUAGGGUUUGCUCUCCUGUUAGUCAACUGAGCAACUACGUUCACUGGGGCUUUCAGUUCGGGUGUUGUACGUGAAUCACUGGUAGGCUGUUGUGGUGGGGUCUCUUCAUUCAACAACCUGGUAUUCAAUUCAGCCUGUAAUGCUUGUUGUUCUGCCUUCAUCUCAGUCCGCAAAGCUUGCUGUUCAGUCUUCAUAUUUUGUAGCAAUUCCAUGAUAGAAACUAGGGUGGUGGUGUUGUUCUCAGCCAUGCUCUGAUACCACUUAAUAUAGGCUGGAUUUGACAACCAAACCACACCCAAAACUGCAGGAACUUAUAAACCAAAGAACAACAAAAGUCACCAAGAAACCCAACAACACAUUAUUCUAAUAAAACUGGACAGCAGGUUCUGAAACCUUGCAGUGGAUCACAACAGCUUCAGGAAAACUCAAUAGCAGAAUAUUAAGUAGAUAUGAAAACUCAGAUUACUAGUUAGAAGGUCCAGUCCAUUGUAAGGACAGCCAUCAACUUCAACACAGAUUAGGCAAACAGAAUCGAUUCCACAGAUCAGCAACACAGUGAAUAAACAAAACCAGGAGGAGCCUUUAGAACUAAACCAGGAACUGAAUAAGUGUAUUAACAACUUCAAAUCAAUCACACAUGAUCAGAAGUCCAGAAAUCAGCAGUCAUAUCAGCAGAGAAAUCGAUUCCAGAAAAUAGAAACUACAGGCCACUAGAAGACAAAAGUAGGGAGAUUUUUAAUAUCUCUCUACAGGCUCUUCAGAAACAGUCCAUACUAGGGUUGAUCCUUAGUAGUACAUGGACAAACAAUCGACCAAAAUCUGGGCUCAAACUGAGGGCUGGAACUGCUCUUUUCAGAGACGGCCGAUUGGAGCCAGUUGCAGGAAUUCUGGGCAGCAGAAUGAUAGAUUAAAUACCUGGUUGCAGCAACAGUAUUGGCUUGAAUAUAAAUUGCAAUGAAGACAAAGAAACACUAAGAGAUCCUCCUGGACUUCACACCGCAAGGAGUCACCUGGAUCAGACACCAAGUCCUUCUUCCUUGAUCAGAGACAAGGAACAGCCAUAACAGCUAGCGGCAGCAGCAGCAACAAGGUUUUUUUGUUCAAUAUCAAUAUCAAUAUCGUGGGCCUUAGUAUGGUGCCCUUCUUUAUUUAUAAUGAUGGGGUAUAGGAUUAUAAAGAAUAGAAACCCAAGUUUCUAAAUAUUGACUAAAUAAACUACCCACAUGUAGUUACUAAAACUGGAAAAUUGUAAUCUAAUGAAAUUAGAAACUAGCUUAAAACAGAAUUUAGAAACUAAUUUUAAGACUGAAAAUAGAAACUAAAUUAGAAACUAUAAGUAACUAAUAACCCCAUCAUAGCCCAAACCGUGGGCCAUUAGAAGCAGCCCUGGUCGUCCUCAGCCACUAUGGUGAUGGUCAACCCUCUUCCUUCUUCUUACAUAUGUCUUCAGCUCUGCAUCACCUAGUGAAAAUCUAAUUAACUAACAACUACAGAAUCCUAAAAAAUAAAACUUUUUAAUUCCUAGUUACAACCAAAAUGGAAACUAAUUAGAAAUAGAAACAAAAUAAGAAAGAUCUUCUAAGAAUCCAAUCUUAUGCUGUCACCCAUGGUCCCACCAAGGAUCUCCUAGAAGAGAGAAUAGACCCCUACGCAAGAAAGCAUUCUGGCUUCCCAAAAUAAAUGCAAGCUGUAAAGAAUCCCAAAUUUUCUCCUUAAUUUCUGUCCUGAUAUAUCUCCUUAAUGGGAGCUGGCCUGGGGUCUUCCUUGUAUGAUGCUGAUUGCAUCCAAAAUCCAGCUGAAAUGGGAACACGAAAUCUAGGAAUACACCUAUAAAUCUGGAAAUAUUUUUUUAUAAAUAUCCCCAAGAUUCUCUCCCAUGCAAACUAGCAUAGUAUCCUUGGAGUUCUUCCAAUUUUGGGAAUUAACUACCCUACUACUUAGCUGGUUGAUUUCGUAGAAGGGGCAGAAUUUGAUUCUUCUUAGGUUGACUCUGACAUCUGUCCAUAUCUGGAAUAUAGCUCUGCUGGUUGGUGUCAUAUCUUGGUAAAUUGAUGGCUAUCCUGGGCAGAAAUUACCUUGAUUAGUAGCCCCAACAUAAGGGCCAGAUUUGAACCUUCUUUGAAGCCCGAUUGUUGGGCCUGCACUGCAUCAUAUUAUGCUGAAAAAUAACAUAAUAGUACUGUAAUUUGUAAAUGUUAUGAAGUUAUUAAUGGAAAUUUUUUUGACUUACCAAAGUAUAGACUAUAAAUUACACUCCCAGCCUUGUGCAAUGGAUGCAUAAGUUGCUCUCGCAGCGGUCUUCUCACGGUUUGUUAGGUUCUGUUCCUUUACCCAAGAAAAAGAAAAAGUGAAGAAAAAAUAAAAUAUGUAAAUUUGCUGUGCUAAUUAUCUUCCACAGUUUCUGCCUUUCUGGUGGUUGAAUUAGGUUAAUUUAGGCUAAUAAGACAUUUUCAUAUCUAGUUUCACUCAAUUUUCUGUAAUUUGGAUACAUUUUUUCUGCAGUGACAUCAAUUUUCAUCAUCUUCUCCACUUGACAGCCUAGUUAAGACGGUCUUCAGGAUCUCAAAUAUAUUUGGGGGCCUUCUUCUUUGUGUUUCAUAUCAUCUACAUUUUGACAAAUUGUUUUCUUAUGCUCACCCCCUCCCAAAUAAAUAAAUAAAAAAAUCCAGGGAUAUCUUGCAGCAGCGUGAGUUUUCAAGCAUUGGGGUCACAGAGUUACUUCUAUCAAAUGGCAUGAGAGUUUGCUACAAGUGCACGGAUUUUCUUGAUGAUCAGGUUCUCUUCACGGGGUAUACAUAUGGGGGUCUAUCUGAGCUUGCAGAAAGUGAGUAUUUUUCAUGUUCAAUGGGCUCAACCAUUGCUGGAGAAAUUGGAGUGUUUGGUCACAGACCAUCUGUGCUCAUGGACCUGCUAGCUGGUAAGAGAGCUGAAGUUGGCACUAAAGUUGGAGCGUACAUGAGAACCUUCUCUGGUGAUUGCUCACCUUCUGACCUGGAAACUGCUUUGCAGCUCGUCUAUCAACUAUUCACAACAGAUGUAAAGCCAGGAGAAGAAGUCAAAAUAGUGAUGCAAAUGGCUGAAGAAGCAAUUCAUGCUCAAGAGAGGGAUCCCUAUACGGCAUUCGCAAAUCGUGUGCGGGAGCUUAACUAUGGGAACUCCUACUUUUUCAGGCCAAUUAGAAUUAACGACCUUCGAAAAGUUGAUCCUCAAAGGGCUUGCGAGUAUUUCAUUAACUGUUUUAAGGACCCUUCAACUUUUACUGUCGUAAUCGUUGGAAAUAUUAAUCCUGUUCUGGCACACCCUUUAAUUUUGCAGUAUCUGGGAGGGAUACCAAAGACUCCAGAACCAAUUUUACAUUUCAGCCGUGACGACUUAAAAGGCUUGCCUUUCACUUUUCCUGCAACCAUCAUUAGAGAUGUAGUUCACAGUCCCAUGGUGGAAGCACAAUGUUCGGUGCAGCUAUCCUUUCCUGUGGAGCUGAAGAAUGAAAUUAUGAUCGAAGAAAUUCAUUUCAUCGGGUUUCUAUGCAAACUUCUGGAAACAAAAAUAAUGCAAGUUCUUCGGUUCAAGCAUGGACAGAUAUACUCAGUUGGCGUUUCAGUAUUCCUUGGGGGUAAUAAACCAUCGAGAACUGGGGACGUGCGUGGUGAUAUUAGCGUAAAUUUUUCUUGUGACCCAGAUAUCUCAUCAGUGUUGGUUGAACUUGCAUUAGAUGAAAUAUCACGUCUUCAGCAGGAAGGCCCCUCAGAUGAGGAUGUUUCAACCAUCCUUGAAAUUGAGCAACGAGCCCAUGAAAAUGGACUGCAGGAAAACUACUACUGGCUGGAUAGAAUUUUGCGCAGUUACCAGUCAAGGGUGUAUUCUGGUGAUGUUAGCACUUCUUUUGAGAUUCUGGCCAGCAUUGCAGGUGUGGUUGUUUUGGCUUUUACACUGUGGAGAUACUCAAGGAGCACCUGGAAAUCUUAGGACAAAUUACUUUAUCAGAGGCCUAUAUACUAGAAGAAAAAAAAUACAUCCAAUAGGAAAACACUAGAGAUUUUUUCCAAAAGAAAUUGUAGGCACUCAGAAAUCUUGGAAAAUUGGAGUCUCUGAAGAACAAAAUUAUGUAAGGAUUCAGAGAGGUCACCCUUACUAUUAAGGGAUGAAGUUCCAGAAAUCAAAUCUAGGCCCACAUAAGUCACAUAUCUUAGUAUAUGUUUUAGUCAAUUAAUUACUAUGCCAUUAUGGGUCUCACCAUUCUGUAUCAUACACAAUUAUUCUUUUCCAACAUUAAUCCAUUCUGCUCAGGAAGGGAGCAUAGGGGACUUA